AUGAAGAUUUUCACCAAAGAGUCACUGCAGGAGAGCAAAGGGUUCACACCAGAGCAAGAAACUUUUGCGAGGAACAGACUAGAAAUAUCUCUUGGUGACAUUUCCGACCUGUCGAAGGAGACUGGGCGUCUAUUCAUUUGCGGAUUUUGCAACUUACUCGCGGAAGGACCCCUAACUCACUUGCCGUGUGGGCAUAUUUGUUGCAAGAUUGAGUACCAAGCGGAUGAAUUUGGCCUCUGUCCGACUUGCUAUGAAGAGACAGAAUCCAAAGGAAAUAAUAAAAAAGCGCCUCGCUCUCUUUCCAUUCUGGAGAUGUCGAUUUAUAACUCCCUUUUCAUCAAAUGCCCGUCCGGCUGUGGAAAAGAUCAGAAGCUCAACAAUGUAAAGAUUCACCAAAGCUGUUGCUCUGCGAUCGUUGCCUGUCCUUACUGCUCGAAAAAGAUCCGACAAGUGGCGUUUUUCGUUCACAAAGAAUCAUGCCAAGCUUAUAGACAUUGGCUAAAAUACUUCAUAAAUAUAAAAACAUAA